AUGAGCAAAGGCUUACGAUACCUUUGUUUGGCAGGUGUCUCAGCAAUCAUGCUAUUUGAGCACCUUCAACUUAUGUCAUAUAUCAAAAAAGCAACAAAACCUGAUGCAGACGACUGAAACUCUUCAGCAAGAUCUGCAUUUGACGGCCUCAAAUCCAUUGCCCUUCGUUUUACAGGUGAUUCAUUUUUUGCAAUUUAUAUAAUCAGCUGCAUAGUGUCGUUCCUCACUUUUGCAAUUUACAUUGCUUUCAGCAAAAAAAUUCAUGAAGCAAAUAAAUCGGAGUCUCCUUUAAGGUAUCUCAUUUGGUUUGUGGAGUACAUAAUUUAUGGAAUAGGCUUUGUCCCUAUGAUUGGGGCUUUGGCUGAAGUCCAGUAUUGCAAUUCCCAUGACAUUGAUUCUUAUCACUCUGUUAGUUGCUGGGGCAAAAAACAAAUGGCAUUGAUAGAGGUUGGGUUUGUGUUUUCUUCAUUCGCUUUCUUUAUAUCUGCUGUUGUGCUACCAGCACUGAAAUCAGAGAGAAACGGAGUAGAAAAGCGUUGGGGAGAUGAAUGCUAUUUCUUUGGAUUCGAUAGAAUAUUAUUAGUCGGAAUUAUUUAUUUACUAGCUCCUAUUAGGCUGCCUUGGGUAGGAAUUCUACUUACUUGCGUCUUGAUAGCUUAUAUAGUUAUUUUUGAGUGCUAUAAUGAGCUUCAUAUAGCAAGCUUGAAAGUAGGACUUUUGUGCGGGCAAGCCUGGCUUUUCCUAUGCGCAGAUGAAGCAGACAAUAACGGCAACACAGCUUCAGAUCUGAUGGCUGGCUGGAUUCCAGCAAUUCUCAUUGGAUACUCUUUGCUGUGGAUCAAGUCAUUGGUUUUCAAGAGAAAAUACAAAGGAAUCCCUCUGCAGAAAUAA